GGCUCGUGGGACAGACUGUGACGUGACGAGGAACUAGAGAAGAGAGGACCAUUUCAGCGCCUCGGACAGGAAGCCAAUCCGGGCCGUUUGGAUUAUUCUCGAGAUUAAAACCCGGAUGACAUAAAACAGAAACAGUUGAAACAUCCCUCUGAUAAGGACUUUGGGAGUUAUUAGCUGCGGACUACCCCGGCACCAUGAUCAACUCGGAGGCGCUGCGGCCGUCCGCGUCCGGCAGGAAGCCGCUGGGCAAGCUGGCGUCCCGGCUGGAGGAGGUGAAGAACCCGUGGAGGCAAGUGUCCACGCUGGAGCUGAGCCACAACGAGGCGGCCCGCCUGGCCACGGACGCCCUGCUGGAGCAAGGGGAGAAGGAGUACCGCCGGGUGCUGACCGAGGAGCGGGAGCUCAACUUUCUGUCCCCGCUGGAGGUGCGCUACAUCACCGAGCAAGCGGCCAAGACGUGCGCCUCCGAGAGCAGCGGCGGCGGCGGCGGCGGCGGCGGUCCCAACGACCGGGACUUCGGAGACGGAGACGCCGUGUCCGACCUCACCUCCGGGACUUACUUCCCGAUGAUGUCCGACGACGAGCCGCCCAUGCUGGAGCUCGGCUGGCCGGACUCCCCGGCGAGGUACGGACCGUCGGAGACGCAGAUCUACUUCCAGAGGGACAAGUCCCACAACGUGAAAGACCUCAUCAGGUCCCUGAUCAACACCGCCAAAAAGGUGAUCGCGCUGGUGAUGGACGUGUUCACAGACGUGGACCUGCUGUGUGAUCUGAUGGAGGCGUCCAACAAGCGCAAAGUCCCCGUCUACAUCCUGCUGGACGAGAAGAACCUGGACUGCUUCACAGACAUGUGCUCCGCACUCGACAUCCAGAGCUCACACAUGAGUGUAAGUACUGAGUGUUGCUUCUAUCGUUCCAUCAUUCCCCAUGCACAGACACGGACCAGUGAGCAAAUGUGACCCUCCAGACCAUGAUAUGUGAGCUCUUAACUGGUCCUGAACCAGUCUCAGUGUAGUCCUGAUCCUCUAUCAGACCUCCAUCAGUAAAGAG